GUGGCGCGUGCCCGACGCCGUUGCCAUGGCAGCGGUCGGGGCUCCUGGGUUGAGUUGGCUGGGAUUCCCCGAAGCUGCGGGCGCGCCGGGGGCAGUUCCAUGAGCCGAUCCGACGCAGGGGCCGAGGCUGCGACACCAGAGACCGGAGCCCUGAGGAUGGCUCACCUGCUGGGCAGCCAGGCCUGCAUGGACAGCCUGCGCAAGGACCUCACCGACCUGCAGGGCACCAUCGUAGACGUCUUUUCCCGAGCUGGACCCGUGCGCUUCCCCUCCUGGAAGUUUCCGGACCAUGUGGCCUGUGACCUGGACAUGGUGGCCCUGCUAGAGCACUAUGACCACGUGCCGGGGGACCCGGAGUUCACACAGCUGUCUCACGCCGUGCUCUUGGAGCUGGUCAUUGACAGGCUCCUGCUGCUGCUUCAGAGCUGUGCCAGCUACUUGGAGACCCUCAGUUCGGAGCAGACAGUGCCCCCUGCCAGGGCUGUGGGGCCCUGCAUGUCCGUGGGGCUCACGGUACGGCGCUUCUGGAACAGCCUGCUGAAGCUGGGCAUGCUCUACCAGCAGAUGCUCCCCCAGAAAAGGGCAGCCCAAGGGGAGACCCCCAUCUGCAAGCCCACAGCCAAGGGCGAGCCCGCCAGGAGCCCCGAGUUUGUGACCGCCAAGUUCAUCAAGCCCCCCUCCCCAAUUCCAGGCCUGCCCCAGACCUGCAAAGAACCCGGCAGCCUCUCCGUGCGCGUCUCCCUGCACUCUCCCGCCAGGACCACGGAGAGCACCCGGAGCGUCCCCUCGCAGACGGUGGAGACCGCCCUGGUGCCCUGCGACGCGUGCGCCAGCGUGCAGGGCAGCCUGCGGGAGGUGGGCAGGGCGCUCAUCGGCCUGUGUCAGAGCCAGAACCUGCCCUCGUCCUUAGGCCACUUUCAGCAGCUGGUGCAGGACACCAUGGGGCUCAAGCCACUGCCGGCUGCCACUGUGGGCCACUGGGCGGCAGAACAGAGCAGAGACCUGGCCCGGCUCAGCAAGCAUGUGGGCGCCCUCACGCAGCUGGUGGGGCCCCUCCGGGCCCAGCUGGAGGAGGCCGAGGAGCAGAAGGGCGGGCUGCGGGAGCAGGUGGGCCAGCUGGAGCAGGCGCUGCAGCAGGAGCAGAGGCAGCGGCGGUGGCAGGCGAACGAGGCCCAGCAGCAGCUGGCUCAGUGGGAGCAGGACAAGCAGCAACUGCUCGCAGAAACAAGUGAGCUCAAGAGGAAGGUGGCUGCCCUGGAGGGGGAGCUGAAGGAGCAGCAGGAGUCCACACAGGCCGUGGAGGCCAAGGCCCAGCAGCUGCAGGAGGAGGCCGAGCGCAGGCUGGAGGCCGAGAGGCAGGUGCAGCAGCUGGAGGAGCAGGUGCAGCUGCUGGCCGGGAGGCUGGACGGGGCGAGCCAGCAGAUUCGCUGGGCCAGCACAGAGCUGGACAAGGAGAAGGCCCGCGUCGACAGCAUGGUCCGCCACCAGGAGUCCCUGCAGGCCAAGCAGCGAGCCCUGCUGCAGCAGCUGGACAGCCUGGACCAGGAGCGCGAGGAGCUGCGGGGCAGCCUGGACGAGGCCGAGGCCCAGCGGGCCCACAUGGAGGAGCAGCUGCAGAGCGUGCAGAGCGAGAGGGAGCAGGGCCAGUGCCAGCUCCAGGCCCAGCAGGAGCUGCUGCAGAGCCUGAACGGGGAGAAGCAAGGCCUGGAGCAGGCGGCGACAGACCUGCAGCUGACCAUCUCGGGGCUGGAACGGGAGCUCGAGGCGCUGAGGGAGCGGGAGCGGCUGCUGGUGACCUUCCCGGACCUGCACAGGCCUGCCGAGACCCAGAUCCAAAGCUCCGGCAACGUCAUGGACGACAUGGAGAGGCAGGUGCAGGCCAACGACAUCCGCAUCCGGGUCCUGCAGGAGGAGAACGGGCGGCUCCAGGCCAUGCUGUCCAAGAUUCAGGAGGUGGCCCAGCAGGGGGGCCUCAAGCUGAUCCCGCAGGACCAGCUCUGGGCCCGUUCCAGCCAGGGAAUCCAGGGAGCAGCACCCGCCGUCCAGGCCCAGAGGGUGUCCUCAGGGCUGCUGGGCAGGUGGCACUCACCUGGCAGCAGGGCAGCCAGUGCGAGCAGGAUCCUGCCGGGCCCGCGCCGGGCAUCGCCAUCUCCGCAGUCCUGCGGCCGAUCCAGCAAGUCCCCGCUGGAGGAUGUGACCUACUCGACCACCUGUGCCCAGAACCCCAUCCAGGUCUUGGCCAGGCUGAGGAGGAGAAUGUCACCAAGCCGGGGUCCGGCCAGCCCUGCACACCAGUUCCAGGAGCCGCCCAUGUAGCCUGCAGUGGGUGGGGCUAAAGGACGGGUAGCUGGCAACCCCACCCAACGUAAUAAAGCCACACCAUCUACCCACAGCGA